AUGAGCUGCUGCUGCUCCCCUUGCUGCUCCCCUUGCUGCCAGCCAACUUGCUGUCAGACCACCUGUUAUAGGACCACCUGCUGCCAGCCCACCUGCUGUGGCUCCAGCUGCUGCCAGCCUUGCUGCCUUCCAUCCUGCUAUGGCUCCAGCUGCUGCCAGCCUUGCUGCCACCCCAGUUGCUGCUACACAACCUGCUGCCGGCCAGCUUGCAGUGGCCCCGUGUACUGCAUGACAACCUGCUACCAACCAACGUGCUGCUGCGUACCUGGUUGUCUAGCCAAUAGCUGUGGAACCAGCUGCUGCCAGCCUUGCUGCCAAAACACCUGCUGUGGGUCCAGCUGCUGCCAGCCUUGCUGCCAGAACAGCUGCUGUGGCUCCUGCUGCUGCCAGCCUGGCUGCCGCCCAGUCUGCUGUCAGACCACCUGCUGUAGGACCACCUGCUGCCAUCCCAGCUGCUGCUGCAGCCCUUGCUGUCUUUCCAGCUGCUGCCGCCCUUCCUGGUGCUGA